AUGAAAGCUGCUGUACUCCUCAUAGCUAUGGUAUUGCUAUUCGGUAAAAUUGAAACAAAAAUCCUUUUUACAUCGUGUGCCCGCAUGGAUGUCCCUGGAAUGAGCAAGGCUGCGCAAGGUCUUUGUAUCUCCUCAUGUAAAUUUCAGAAUUGCGGCACAGGACACUGCGAAAAAAGGAGCGGAAGACCGGUGUGUGUUUGCAGCAGAUGUGAUGUUGGUGGAGGCUCGUGGCCGUCUGGUAAAUAG